GUGUCGCAUUCGAUAUGGCGGCGCCCCAUUCAUAACAUUUGUAUUUUGGUUUAAUGCUAAUGGCGAAUGUAUUUUAUGUCAGUGCGGGAAACGUAAAUAUAAAACGUAAAUAAAACGAAAAAAACUGUUACCAGUGACACAAGUGUGCGGAGUGUAGGAUUGUGAUAUGUGAGCAAACCGUAGGUUAGAAUCAGAAAAAAAAAAAGAAAAAAAACAUUAACAAUCCGAAGACAUUUCAACAAUACCUUAUAUAAGAGAAUAUUAUACUUGUUAUUUAAAUAAUGUCCAUACUUAUUGCAAAUAUGAAACGAAUUAAAACGACGAAAUUUACGCUAUCGACGUACGCAAAAUUCUACUACGCAAUGUGGUUCAGAAGUAUGAGCAAUGCCGCGAAACCAAGUUACACAAAAACUGUGUUAUUGCCGCAAACUGAUUUCCCGGCGCGACGCAGCGGCAAAAAGAGAAUAGAAAUGGAUAGUUAUUUAAUAGAAAAAUGUGGCUUUUUGGAGUUAUACAACUGGCAAAGGAAGAAUCUUUCAGGACCGGAUUUUACUUUGCAUGAUGGUCCACCUUAUGCUAACGGAGAACCACAUAUGGGUCAUGCUAUUAAUAAGAUUCUUAAAGACAUUACCUUAAGAAGUAAGAUUAUAACAGGUAGAAGAGUACAUUAUGUCCCAGGUUGGGACUGUCAUGGUUUACCAAUUGAACAAAAAGUACUUAGUGAUUUAAAAAAUGUCAAUUCUUUAGAAGUUCGUCAAAAAGCUAGAAAAUACGCUAGUGAAGCUAUAGCAAAACAAAGACAAGUUUUUAUGUCAUGGGGUGUUGUGGCUGACUGGAGCGAGCUUGGAUGUUAUUUUACAAAUCAUGUUUCAUACAUUAAAAAUCAGCUGCAUCAGUUUAUGAACUUGUACGACAAAGGACUUGUGUUCAGAGCUUUCAAGCCGGUGCACUGGUCACCAUCUUCCAAAACAGCGCUGGCAGAAUCGGAAUUAGAAUACAACGAGUCACACCAAAGUAAAAGCGUUAUUAUUCGCAUGCAAUUGCAUACAUUACCCACAAGAUUGAAAAAUCUGGAAAAUAAACCAGUUUAUGCCCUUAUCUGGACCACAACACCAUGGUCGUUAGUAGCCAAUCAAGCCAUAGCCUUUUCCAGUGACAUUGAAUAUUGCAUUGUGGAGGAUAAUUCAAAAAACUUAUAUAUUCUUGCACAACAGUGCUUGGCAAGUAUUGAGCAGAAAAUGGGCUCGUUAAAAUUGAUUUCCACCAUCAAAGGAAAAGAAUUGAGUGAAGCUACAUACCUUCAUCCUAUUACCAAAGAACAUUUGCCAUUCUUAUCUGGACAGCAUGUCACAACCGAUAUCGGUACUGGACUAGUCCACACAGCUCCCGCACACGGUCCAGAAGAUUUUCUCAUCGCAAUUCAAAAUAACAUACCAGUACUGUCUUUAAUAGACGAUGACGGAUGUUUCCUUAAAGAAGCGGGAGACAAAUUCGCUGGCUUGAACGUUUUGACUGACGGUGCCGAUAAGAUCUUGGAUCACAUUGGUGUCGACGUCUUGCAUGCUGACACGAUUACGCACAGCUACCCGUACGAUUGGCGAACAAAGAAACCUGUGAUUAUUCGCGCGAGUCACCAAUGGUUCAUAGAUAUUAAUUCUAUCAAAGAGAAGGCAAUUGACAGCAUCGCGAAUAUAAGGAUAUAUCCGGAACAGAAUAGGACUUCCUACAUAAAUGCGUUGCUCGCUCAGAUUAAGCAGCGACCGUAUUGGUGUAUCUCCCGACAACGGGCUUGGGGAACGCCGAUACCGGUGUUGCACAACAAACGAACUGGUGAUGCGUACACAAGCAGAAAAUGGAUUGAGAGAUUGUGCAAAUUGAUGGAACGACACGGUGCUGAUUUUUGGUGGGAACUGCCGACUGAGAAAUUAAUUGGUCGCGACCUUCGACAAGAAUUGAACAAUGACAUAGGCGACUUGGAGAAAGGAACCGAUAUCAUGGACAUUUGGUUGGAUAGCGGUCUCUCAUGGUCGGCCGUUUUGCCUCAAUGUAAAGCGGACUUGUAUUUAGAAGGAUCGGACCAAUUUCGCGGUUGGUUUCAGUCAUCAUUGCUAACAUCCAUUGCUCUUCAAGAACGUUCUCCUUACAGUGCACUAUUUGUACAUGGAUUUGCUGUGGACGAUAAAGCUUCGAAAAUGUCGAAAUCGGUUGGAAACGUUGUAAAUCCCGAAGUGAUCACCAAAGGUGGAAAGAACUUGGAUAAAAAUCCAAUAUAUGGUGUCGACACUCUGAGGUGGUGGGUGGCUAGUCACGGAUGCCAGCACAGUCAGGUACCGGUCACGACGACGUUGUUGCGCGAGAGUCACGAAUCUAUACAGAGAUUACGUUCGGUUUUACGAUUCUUGUUAGGCGUUUUACAUUCGCAUAAGGACGGUAUCGUAACCGAAUCGGAAUAUCUUUACCUUGACAAGUAUAUGCUGCACGUUUUGCAUCAAUAUAACAAAGAAGUCCAAAUCUUGUACGAUGAUUAUUUGUAUCAUCACGUAUGUAAAAAAAUAAUAAAUUUCUUGGCGAAUACCGUGUCACCGGUGUACUGUCACUUGACCAAAGAUCGACUUUAUUGCGAUGACGCGGCGUCGCCAACGCGACUGGCUGUUGUGGAAGUGAUGCGCGAAACCUUGACCGUACUCACAAGAUCUAUCGCGCCGAUUGUCCCGCAUCUGGCGGAAGAAGUAUGGUUGUACUAUCCGGAAAAUUUAGCGUCAGUGCCGUUGUAUCAUACUGAAUACGAAGUGCCGAAAAUUUGGCAUCAACCCGAAAUCGCUAAACACGUAGAGACGGCUCUAAGUUUGCGGGGCAAAGUGAAUACGUUGGCUGAUGAUAACACAUGGAAAUUUUCUGGUACUAUAACAGCUUCAAAAAACGAUUAUGAAUCGCUCUCAAUAUUGCAAAAAAAUCAAGAAUCCUCUACCUCGGAAUUGUGUGAAAUCUUGCAACUUUCGUCAAUCACGUUGCUAAAUUCGCUCACAGCGGACGAGACGCAAAUUAAAUUACAUACCGUCGAAAAACUGCUCUGCCAAAGAUGUAGGAGGCAUCUCGAGUUGAACAGCAACGGCUUGUGCAGUCGUUGCAUCAAGGUGCUCGACGUAACAAAUGUAUCAUCGAUAUCUUUGUAAAAUGUAAUUACUUAUAAAUUUCUUAUGAACUAUCGCUUCUUUUGCUAAAUAAACAAAUUUAA